CUGGUAAUAUCCACCCAUAUUAAUUGAAAUUGAAAUUUAAACCCCCCAGUAUGUUAUUUUUCUGGAGUUUACAAAAUUGCCUUAUGUGCUUUAACUUUCCAUCAGACAUGGGACUUCCAGUCUAAUGCAACUUACCCAGAUUCUUACCAGAAGCCACAUCACAAACAGCUAAUUAAGCAGACAGCUAGUCUCACAGUGUGUCAGAUAGAGAGAGGGGGAGAGAGAGAGAGAGAGAGAGAGAGUGAGAGAGAGAGUGAAAGAGAAGGAGGAGUGACAGAAAGGGAAAGAAAAGAGGGAAGAAAGACUCAUUAAGCCAAUUUCUUCUCAGCACCCGUUCUGCUACACAGACUCUCUUUCUCUCUUUCUUUCUUUUUUUUUUCUCUCUCUCUCUCUCUCACACACACACACACACAUACUAAAAACACAAAGCAGAAGUGGACAAAGACAUACGGUUUCCGUCGCCGCAGUUGGCUAUGGCUCAGGGCUCUGACAGCAAUGACACAAGUUACAAGUCCCCAUCACCUGGAAGCAGGCCGAGCUCCUCAGAUGAUGCAAAGAAGGUGAUGCGGAGAGAGAAGAACCGGAUCGCUGCUCAGAAGAGCAGGAUGAGGCAAACUCAGAAAGCUGACAACCUGCACUUGGAGAGUGAGAACCUGGAGAAGGAGAACGCUGCCCUGAGGAAGGAGGUGAAGCAGCUGACAGAGGAGGCCAAGUAUCUGUCCUCUGUGCUGAGCAGCCACGAACCUCUGUGCACCGGCCUGGCUACUCAGACCCCCGAGCUCAUCUACCCUCCCCAUCACGGCAGCUACCACCACCAGCACAUCACUGUACCACACUACCAGCACUGACCAGACGGACUACUGAGGCGGCCGAGGACGUGCUGCAAACAGAUGACUGACCUCAAUGGAGAGAAAGACUGACCGGAGAUUGUCUACAAAUGUUAAUAAUUGUUCAAAAUAUGAACAUUAACAUGACAGGCCAUCAUGUCUCUCAAACAGUGACAGCACGGACCCCAAGCUGUAACAAGCAGUGUUGAAAACUAUUUAUUUAGCUUGUGCUCAUCUGUUUUCUUUUACCUGAUUGUUACCAGUAAUGUGAAUGUGGACUUAAACGGCUCGAUGAGUAGAAUUAUCCACCAGUCUAUGUUUACAGCGGGAUAAGAAAAAAAACAACCUACUGUAUGUUCAGGUGACUCAGGUGAUACAGUAUUUUUUAGUUUUUUAGUGUCAUAGAGAACCUUCGUCAUCCUCAUGUUAUGUUUUGAGUUUCUCGUGAACUGUGUUUCAGUGUGUAAAUGUAGAUUGAUAAUGCUCAGGAGAUUUUGACAGUCUUGAUUGUGGACAAAGAGAAUGUAUAAAGUCGAGAUCCUAAAAAAAAGGCUUCGAUGUACCAAAAAAGAAACUUCUGGCAGUGAAGAAUGGGCCUUCAAAGGGUCUUGACUUGUGUACUGAUGAUGAUGCUGAUGUGGGAGAAGAAAAAGCAAAUUAUAUUUAUUAAAUGUGUUGCCUUUUAGGUACUC